CUGUGCAAGAUGUCGGAUCGGGCUGGUGAAUGGGAUCGGCGGAAAACUUAUCUCACAAGAUGUUUGUUUGAAGAUUUACCUUUAUUAUCGCCGAUACCAGAAAGAAGAGAGCCUGAUCAGUCCGAAACUAACGAUCUGUGCAGUGCGCUGCCAGAUCUCAUCAUAGAAAAGGAGAAGAAUCGUCACGAUGAACCAGAGGAGUUCUACCAGGAGUUGGAGAAAAGGAUGCUCAGACUGUACAGGAAACUGUUCCUGUGUCAUCACGAGGAAGGCUCAUUUUUGUCGAUAAAUAGUACUUCGAGCCAUGAUAUUACAGAAUUCAUUGAAGAUGAAAUAAGACAAGAUUCAGACAACGAAGAUCGUUUAAUACAAUCUGAUGAUGAAUGUUCUGAGGGGCCAAGGCAUCAGAUAAUCACAAUAGAAGCAAUGAUACACACAGGGGAAGAUAGUCAAAGGAACAGGAAGAGAGUUAAUGAAGAAAUAUCAUACUCCAUGGCGGCGCAAAGUCCAAUAAUAGGAUGUAAACAUGUGCAGCAGAUAAAUGAGGAUUGGGACGAACAGACUUCAGACAGACGUCUAUCAACACAAGACGCUACAUUUGCUAGUUCUAACAGUCCCCUUCUGGUUAGCAGAGUUUCAUUCCUGGAUGAAAAUGAAGCACGACUUGUAGCAAGACAAGCCAUUACACAAAAGUAUUCUAAGUCUACCAGUCAUGAUUUCGAAGUGUACGAUUUUAGUCCAAUUGAAGUCAUGAGACAAAAAGGAAAUGAACAUGAUUCUAAUUCUAAUAGUUCCAUUCCGGAAGUAAGACAUAAUCGUAGAUCAAGCAUGGAGCCUGAAUUUGUUAAGAAUUUAAACGAGAACGAAGCGUCUCCUGUUAAAAUGACUCAAACUUACAUUGAAGAAGAAAUGGCCUCGGAUGUCGUAAGAUCUGAUGGAGUAUCACAAAUAUUGGAUGAAGGUGAUUUGCGAAAUAAUGCUCUCAGAGACCUAACUAACAUCUCGUCUCCUGUACUCGACACGAUUUCUAGAAAAAGACUACGUUCUGAUAGUUGGGACGCUUCACAAGAAUUGCCCAGAAAAAGAAUGAAAUAUAAAGACAUUGGACUACAAACGACUAUCAAAGAAUCAUUCUCAAAUGUAACGCCGCCGUGCUGUGAGCAACCACCAACGAAUUAUUUCUACGGAACUCCUAUGAUUUUGAAUAUUUGUCGUUGCAAAGAUCACACUUGUGAAUCGUGA